UCGUAUUUAGAUUUUUCUUUUUUGUUAAAUUAAAUUUUACCUGAUAAAAUCAAAUGUAAUAGAAAAAAAAGAUAGAUAAAAGGUAACCACAUUGAUACAAAUAGAAAUGAACGUUGAACAUGACAUUUGACUACAAAUAAUCGUGAUCGUUUGUUAUUAUUGUUUAAAUAGAUAAUAGCUCUUCUUGUUUGAGUAUACAUAACAAUCUUUUAGUUAAUCUCUUUUUCAACAUCAACUCGAGUUGAAGGAGAACAAAUUCAUCAGUUUUCUUUUGUCUUUGUUUAGGUAAACAUAAAUGGUGUACAGCAACAGUUACAUUACGAGAAGGUACUGGAAAAGUUACAAUUAAAUCACCAGCAGUUAAAACAUCUGUUCAUGAUAUUCUUUAUUUUACACGAAUUCUUCAUCGUGAUCAACUUUUAUAUCCAUUUAAAGUAUUAGAUCGUGUUAAUCUAUUUGAUAUGGAUGUUACUUAUGAUGGAAUUGGUUUUACUGCACAAUCAAUAGCUACACGUUUAGCGAUAUCUAAAGCUCUUUGUUCAUUUAUUUCAUCAAAAGAAGUUGAAUAUCUUCGAUUGGCUGGUCUUUUAACUGAUGAUGCUCGACGUAAAGAACGUAAACAGCCAGGUAAAAGAAAUGCUCGCCGAAAAUAUAAAUUUCGAAAACGUUAA